AUGACUUCUCAGUCUGCAAGUUCAACUGCAAUCUCUCUCUCCCCACUCAAAGAGGGCAUUAAAAAGGCGUACAACACUAUCUCAAACACCUACUCGGACUGGACACAGACACAUCAUGCAACUCGCAUCAAGUACCUCAACGUACUUCUCGAACACCUCAACUCCGGUGCGCCGACCCCACAAUCGGUGCUGGAACUAGGCUGUGGUUCUGGAAACCCUGUCACCUCUCUCUUGGCAUCUAGUCAGUAUCCCACCAACGGUGCCGAUACUAGUAGCUCGGCUCCCAGAUUCACGGUUAUUGGAAAUGAUAUAUCACAGCAACAACUUCAUCUCGCAUCGGAAAGGCUGGGUUCAUUUAAAAACGUCGAACUGAAGGAAGGGGAUAUGAUGGAUCUAUCCUUUGGGGAGAGAAGUCUUGACGCAGUACUAGGAAUGUACGCGCUUAUUCACCUACCCAGGGAAGAACAGAAGGACUUGUUGAGAAGAAUCCAUAUUUGGCUCAGGCCUGGUGGGUAUUUCCUUGGGAAUUUCGCAGUGGAGGAGCAGCAAUCGGUGUUUAAUCAUACUUGGUUGGGUUGUGGGACUGACGGCGGAGUUAUGUUUUGGAGUAGCUGGGGGGAAGAAAAGACGUGCGAGAUUCUCGCCGAUACUGGUAUGGAUGUCAUUAUAAGGGAGGUGGUUCAAGAUGUUGAGGAGGGCAGCGAUGGGGAGGAGAAAAAGGUAUCGUUCGUGUGGAUUUUGGGGAAGAAGAAACAAGAUAUAUAG